AAAACACUAUCGAAAAUCUCGCCGUUCAAAAUAUUUUCACUCCCCAAGCUCUUAACACCAACAAUAAUCCGUCAAAAUAUGCAUUUCAGGCUGAAUUUUCAGCUGUUCUCAAAUAUUUACUAUCCAAUGUUUACCCUGUCCUACAAUACCGUGUAAUCGUUGAAGCAAAAGAACGUGACAUUAACGGCAAUCAAUGUAAACGGUUGGAUAUUUUUCUCUGUGAUCACGAUUUACCGACAUAUGGUUUCGAACUUGUAAACAAAAAAAAUUUUGAA